AACACCACCACACAGACAUAUCCACACAGAAAUGUACUUCAUACUUGACUUCUCCAGGACCUAAAGUACCCGGUCGCACAAGUUUCGUGUAUUCCUCCUCAUGCUGUGCGAGCUACUUCCUCGAGCUAGACCAAUCUCUCGGUAUUGUAUCACAAAGAGCGUCUUCCGCAGCACCAUCCGCAACAUGAAUACUUCCAACACCACCUACAAUGUCUCCCCCUUCACCAGCGCAGUGGUCUCGUCCAUGCGACGGCUCUAUCCCGAAUACCUCGCCGACAAAUCCUUUGACAACACUGGCUUCCUAGUCCAAGCUCCUUUCCUCCCUACCCGUCCUCGCAAUCGCAAUUCCGUCCUUUUGACCGUCGACCUCACUCGAGCCGUCGCCGACGAGGCCAUCGAGAAUGGACAUUCCAUUGUCGUCGCAUAUCAUCCUAUCAUCUUUCGUGGUCUGAAAUCCAUCACCACAGACGACUCGCAACAAUUGUCAAUGACCCUGCUGCUCGCGCACGGCAUCAGCGUGUACUGCCCGCAUACCGCGGUAGAUACGGUCCCCGAUGGGAUGGCAGAUUGGCUAUGCGACAUUGUCACGGGAAAGACCGAAACACCUGAAGAUCACGCACACACCGCGACAUAUUCGUCAUCCCUUCCGUCCGAAACUGAAGUCACCACCACCGACGACGACGAGAACGACAACGACGACGAUUCGGAUGCCAGUGCGCCCUCUCACCCGUCGACGAAACCCACCUCUCCAUCCGCCGCUGACCACGACGACCCAUUCACGUCCACAGAAACACCCAAGCCCAACAAGAACAAGAAGCUGAGACUGUUCAGGCCGCACUCGCACAGGACGUAUUCAAAGCCCACAUACCCCCGACCGACCGAGGACUUUCAGCCCUCGGUACUGUCGCAUACAAGAAGCGUCAUCACGCCUUCACCGCGUGGGGCGCUAGACGAGGCAAACCGGUUCGUCGCAUCAGACACAGACAUCUACCACCCCGACAACACCGGCGCAGGCAGGCUGAUUGAGUUCGCCGAACCACAACCCCUGACCGUCCUCAUCACCCGCAUCGCGCACGCCAUCGGGUUGCCCAAGGGUUUCGCCGUCGCUGUGCCGCAGGGCAAGAACCUGGAAGAGAUUGACAUUGCGAGCGUGGCGACCUGUCCCGGCAGUGGGGGCAGCGUCGUGAGGGGGUGUCGUGCGGAUCUCGUCUUUACCGGCGAACUGAGCCACCAUGAAGCCCUGGCCGUGACGGAGAGGGGAGGGUGCGUGAUCAGCUUGUUCCACACCAAUUCCGAACGAGGGUACCUGUGGACGGUCAUGAGGGAGAAGUUGGAGAACGAGGUCCGGGAAGAAUGGGCCCGGGUGAGGAGUGAGGAAGGAGCAAAGAGUGGGCUCGACGGUGAGAUCAAGGACAUGCUGCGAGACGAGAGUGUCGAGGUCGUGGUGAGUGAACGCGACAGGGAUCCGUAUGGGAUUGUCGUGUUGGAAGAGACGGCGGUGGAAGGAGUAAGGAUUGGUGGUUCUGGAUCGAGUGGUUGAAAGGACCGAGAGUUACUUGGGUGUCUCUUCACCUGUCGUGGCACUCCCCUGGAAACUUCACCGUCUGAUACCGGAGUGGGUUUGAGAACGGAACAACCAAGACAUUGACCGAGUUCAAGCGCUUUCCACAGUAUGCAAUUUGCACCACCCGCAAGUGUUUACAAGACGUCUAGACUUGUUGACAGCCUUGGAUUGCCUUGGAUUACCUCGGAUGCAGCAUGAUGCUCAUCUCCAACCAAGCCUCAAAGACAGGGGCACGAUCUUGGUUGGGUUCACAGCGCCGUUUUUGAUUGACACAAGAAAGAAUCUAUCGACUUUGUCAAAACACUUUAUCAAGUCAGUUCGAGGCACACCGAACGGCAUUGAGAAUGGCGUGUUUCACCAAACUCGACAAUCCCAUCUAUACAGUGACCUAGUACGUGAUGAUGGUGUGGAAGUACGAGAAGUACACAGUAUACCUAGGUAGGCAUAUAUUGCUAAAGGCGACUACUCGGUACAGAUGCUGGGGCAAGAGGCAAGAGGAUCACGUUCAUUUUGUUUCUAUUGUAUCAUUUUUUUUCUUGUGUCUGAUGUAAGACUGAUACCCCAUUACGAGAUGUAGCUCGUCCUGCUUUCUCGGUAGGCAUCGAAU